CCGCGCGGGGGCCAAUCCCGGCCCGUGUUAACUCCACUACGGGCGCCGCAGAGGAGCCCGGCGCGGCGCUGGAGCUGCUGCGGGGCUUUGGUGAAGUUGGUUUGCAUUUGUCCAGAAGGCAAUGGAUCAUGCCAGAGCAGCAAUCUCUAACUUGUUCAGUGGCGAGCCAACAUCGUACACGCGCUUCAGCAUUGCCCGGCAAACGGACGGAGACAACAGCCACGUGGAGAUGAACCUGGCUGCUGAUGAGGAGGAAGGAGGGGAAAUUGGGAGACCAGAGCACCUGCAUGCCAGCAUGCCUCCUCCACGGAGGAAUGGCAAGAACCUCUGCUUCGUAAUCAUGGCAGCUGCCCUCCUCCUUUUGAUUGGGUUUCUCAUCGGCUACCUGAGUUAUCGUGGACGCAUGCAGAGGGUUAACAGGUGUCUGGAUGGAAGUGGCAACUGCGAGAUGACUCCUACUGCAUCUUACUUCUCAGAUGAUGGAAUGGAGGAAGAAGUGGUUCCUGGACCACGUAUCUUAUACUGGCCUGAAUUAAGAAACAUGUUGUCAUCUAAACUGUCAAUUGGACGUCUUGAGGCCAACCUGAGGCAGAGAGAAGGUAAGAAUUCUUUUGAAGCUGGCAAAACUGAAGAUGAGAGCACUGCCAGCCACAUUCAUGACCAGUUCACCAGCUUCCGCAUGGAUGACGUGUGGAACGAUGAGCACUACGUUAGGCUGCAGGAUAAAGGCAGCAGCAGGAACCAAGUGUUCAUUGUAGAAGAUGGUCAAGAAGAGUUGGAGAGUCCUGAUGCAUAUGUGGCAUACAGCAAGAGUGGCACAGUUACUGGCAAACCCGUCUAUGCGAACUAUGGACGGAAAGAAGAUUUUCAGAAGAUACGAAAUUUGGGUGUUUCAAUGAAUGGAGCUAUAAUCAUCUUCAGAGCUGGAGAAAUAACCCUUGCUGAGAAGGUUGCAAAUGCCAGAAAGGAAGGAGCAGUUGGUGUCCUGAUGUACCCGGGCCCCUCAAAUGACAAGAAGGCAGAUUCCUAUGUCCCCUUUGCACAUGCCCACCUUGGAACUGGAGACCCUUUCACCCCAGGCUUCCCUUCUUUCAACCACACCCAGUUCCCACCAGUGGAAUCUUCUGGACUACCUCAAAUUCCUGUCCAAACUAUCUCUAGAGGAGCAGCAGCCAGACUGUUUGGAAAAAUGGAUGGAGAGAAAUGCCUUGAGGAGUGGAGAGUUGACAUCAUGGGAUGUAAGGUGACAGUGAGCGGCAGCAGCAAGAUGACAGUGAAACUGACUGUGAACAACGUCAUAGUGGAUAGGAAGAUUCUGAACAUCUUUGGUGUUAUCAAGGGAUUUGAAGAACCAGACCGCUACGUUGUGCUCGGAGCGCAGAGAGACUCCUGGGGGCCAGGAGCAGCCAAGGCUGGAGUUGGCACUGCCAUCUUGUUGGAACUUGCCCGUGUGAUCUCAGACAUGGUGAAAAAUGAUGACUACAAGCCACGGCGCAGCAUUAUCUUUGCUAGCUGGAGUGCGGGAGAGUACGGAGCCGUGGGUGCUACCGAGUGGCUGGAGGGGUACUCUACCACGCUGCAUACCAAAGCCUUCACUUAUAUCAACUUGGAUACUGCAGUCCUGGGCUCCUCAGACAUCAAGAUUUCUGCUAGCCCAUUGCUGUACUCUUUGCUGGAGACAACUAUGAAGAGGGUAAAGGACCCUGCAAACGAGGCGCGUUUCCUAAAUAGCAGAUUUGGCAGUGACUGGAUAGAGAAAGUCGUUCCCCUUGAUCUGGAUAAUGCAGCGUUCCCUUUUCUGGCCUACUCAGGAAUCCCAGUGGUUUCCUUUGGUUUCUACGAUGAAGGUGACGAGUAUGCCUUUUUGGGCACUACUGAGGACACUUUGGCUAAUCUGAAAAGGAGGACUGUCAACUUGUAUCCUCUCAUGCGUACUGCUGCAGAAGUUGCUGGACAAAUAGCUCUCAGGAUGACCCAUGACCAUGAGCUCUUCCUGGACUUGGAUAGAUACAGUGACGAAUUGCUGUCAUUCCAGGAGAAGCUGUGGCACUUCAAAGAUGAUGUGAAGGAACUGGGGCUGACCUUGAACUGGCUCUAUUUUGCUCGUGGAGACUUCCAGCGAGCUGCAGAUGCACUGAGAAGAGACAUCGAAAACAGUGACAGGGAAAACAGGAUUGUCCGCAGAGCCCUGAAUGACAGGAUGAUGAAGGUGGAAUACGACUUCCUCUCUCCAUACCUCUCACCAAAAGAUGCUCCCUUCCGCCACAUCUUCUUCGGCAGAGGCAGCCACACUCUGAAGAGUCUGCUGGAGAACCUGGAGCAGCUGGCAGCCAACAAGACCAGUGUAGAUGUGAAUGAGCUGAAAGAGCAGAUGGCCCUGGCAACCUGGACCAUUAAAGGGGCUGCCAAUGCUUUGGUGGGUGAUAUCUGGAAUACAGACAAUGAAAUCUAGAUGCAGCAAACACCUGGAUUACCUGUCUAAGGUACAGGAGAGCUGUGUACUCUCACAGGGAGCACAGCUUCCUUCCUGGCCCUGGUCCCAGCAGAGGGCCUU